AUGGAUGUCAAAACUUCGUUCUCUGAUGACUCGCAGUCAUGCGAAGAUGCGAAGCUCUCACCAUAUCUCGAAAAAAUUGACAGUCAAGUAUUUGAUGAUCUUCCACCUACGGAUGGUGGUCUUCAUGCGUGGCUAUUCUUAGCCGCCUCGGCCAUGAUAGAAGCUUUGUUCUGGGGAUUCGCUUCUUCCUUUGGAGUGUUCCAAAGCUACUACCGUGAGAACGACGUUUUUCCAGACACUGAUAUUGUGGCGGUGGUGGGAACCUGUGCAACUGUAAGGAAUGGCAUACUUGGGUUGCCCACUCAUAAUCACGACGAUGAUCCUGCUUCCUCGCGCAGCAAGAUGGUUCUCCACGAUUGGAAUGACCUUUAUGUGCCUUUCACUUGCCCUGGCCUCCUUUUCCACGACUUUCACGCACCUGGUUCUAUCCCAGGGCCUUGGCUUUGGCAUCGGCGGGUGCAUCGCCUACAGCCCUUCCAUUCUUUACAUGCCAGAGUGGUUCGACAAAAGAGAGGCCUGGCCUUUGGCACCGUAUGGGCUGGAUCAGGACUCUCCGGGAUUCUCAUCCCCUUGGCUCUGGACAAGCUUCUAGUACAAUUUGGCUUUCGAAUGACCCUGCGCAUAUUUUCGGCUUUGAUGUUCGUUCUUGCAGCGCCGUUACUCUACUUCCACAAGCCUCGAUUGCCAGUCUCCAAGGUAACCCAGUACGAGCGGCUGAAUCUUCGAUUCCUGCUAAGUCGGGUCUCGAUCGUCUAUCAGAUGGGUAAUAUUGCCGAGGCGUUGGGAUUUUUCCUCCCUGCGAUCUAUCUUCCCACAGUCGCCCGCUCGCUGGGAGCUUCGAGUUUCGUCGCCUCGCUCACCGUCACCGCGUUGAACUUGGCAUCAGUUUUCGGCAGCGUAUCUAUGGGGCACUUGUCCGAUCGAUGUCCCACGUGGAUCUGUGUUGCUAUUUCCACCGUGGGAACGGUGAUUGCCGUCUUCCUGAUCUGGGGACUAUCCACUACGCUCCCCGUGUUGAUCCUGUUCGGUGUUGCAUACGGACUUUUCGCCGGUGGCUAUUCUGCCAUCUGGGCUGGGAUGAUUAAAGAUAUUCAAAAAGCGAACCCCGGGGCAGACCCGACGAUGAUCUUCUCCACCAUCGCUUUUGGUCGUGGUGUGGGCAAUGUCGUGAGUGGGCCCUUCAGUGAGGUCCUCAUUCAAGCGGAUCAUUGGCAAGGACAGGCGAUCGGUUCCUAUGGGCGUGGGUUCGGACUCAUUAUUAGGCACCAUGGGCUCGACAACUUGAUUAUCGUAAGUCAUGGAUGA